CUGGCUCCUUAUAUUCUUCGGAGGUGUCGGCGUAUGUUCUUGGCAAAUAGUCUUGCGUAUUACUGAAUACAGGGAGUUCAAUGUCAUCACCGAGAUAAACUUAACGUUUGAAUCUGAAAUGGAUUUUCCAGCAGUAACAAUAUGCAACUUCAACAGAAUUUCACUCAUAUCUUUACAUCGUACGGAAAUUGUUACACUUUUAAUUCUGGUGAAGGGGACACAAUUCUAGAGGUAAAACAACCAGGUGCCGGCAAUGGUUUACAGAUGAUGAUUGACAUCCAACAGGAUGAAUACACCGAGACUAUGGUCGGGAAUAUUGAAGCAGGUUUGAAGAUAUUGGUCCACGAUCAAGAUGAACCACCCCUCAUAGAAUCCAAAGGAAUUUCCAUCCCUCCUGGAUUCCAUGCCUUCGCUUCAUCCAGACGCAUACUGGUAUCAAAUCUGGACCCUCCUCACGGAGAGUGCGACACAUUUCGCACCCUUACGUACUAUGACGUGUACACCUUAUCUGGCUGUUACAUAGAGUGUCGACUGAGCAGGAUCCUGAGCGAAUGUGGAUGCCGACCAAUCCGAUACCCUGGCAAUGCAACUGAGUGUACACCUAAGCAAACGACAGGCUGUGCAAAGGAUGUUCUAUCAAGAAUGAAGAACGGGAGCUUGGAAGCGUGUGACUGCCCAGUUCCGUGUGCAUACACAUCGUUCGAUACGUCUGUUAACUACGCCCUCAUCCCCAGUGAAAGCGUUUCAGGAGAAAUGACAACAAAAUACAAUGUCUCGGAAUCGUAUAUCGCGGAAAACUUCGUUUUACUAGACGUUUACUAUGAAGACCUAAAUUUUCAGGCAUACAAGCAAAAACCAGCAAUGACGUUUUCAGCACUUCUUAGUGAUGUUGGUGGUCAGUUAGGCCUAUUCAUUGGCGCAAGUGUAUUAACAUUCGCCGAGUUAGGUCAAUAUUUACUACAAAAAUUUCACGCCAUUUUUCAAAGCAGCAACAGAAGAAGUAGGCUUCGGUCCAGCAAUGUGACGCCAAUAAGGGAAAACCACAAAAUUGGUAUAGACAAUCAAAGUUUGGAGUUAAGCUGAGAAAAUUCCAGAUCUUCUUGUCUUUCGUGAGGAGAUGCCCACAGUGGCGUAGCUAUGGGCAGUGCAGCCAGCGCAAAAAUAAAAUAAAACGUAAAAGUAAUAAUUAAAAAUAAUUUAAUAUUUUUGAAGAAAAACGGACAGUGGGCUUCUUAAUAAUAUCUAGAGUUUUACAGUAGGAGUAAUUGAUUACUGUGUUUAUCCUCAAUUCAGUGGCAAUGACAAAGGCUUGGGCCCCCAAUGUUUUCAAAAUUAUUUUUUAAAAAAAGAGGGGGGAAAGAAAAUUAUAUACUUUAAGUCUGAGAGUGCCAUAUCCGGCCAUCUAGACUGGUGUCAUAAUCAUAACUUUUCUCACCUCAUCCUUAACCAUGGUGAGACUAAGAUGAUCUACACCCCUCUCCUGUGAAAGUCCCUCCCUGGGCCCCUCAAUUUCGAAUUCCUGGAUCAUCGCCACUGCAAUUGUUUAUUUUAUUGCCACCAAUUUUCUUGAUUAUUGCAGAUUAGAAUAACUGUUAAGACCGCAUAGGACUCCUCUUUAAAAAAAAAUUACAAAGUUACUGAUUAUCAGUAGUAUUUACCGGUAGUGUAUCUGGGCCUAUUAGCCUUGGCCAUUAGGGAUGGAGGUAACACCAGUGUGUGGAUUCAAGGGGGGGGAAUCCACCCCCCUCCAAUUUUUUUUCAAUUUAUAAAAUAAAAAGGGGGAAGAAAGUAAAAUAUCAAUCAAAUUAAGAAUCUACAUUGUGCAGAAAACGUAACACGGUCAAGCAUGAGCGAAUCCAUUCUAGCAUCACGUCGUCGCUCAAAUUGAAACCUCCCAACUAGGGCAUCAAAAUGGUGAAGAUUAGUAGUCUACGUUUGGUUGGUCACUUUCUGGGUACAAACAUGUAGACCUAGACAUUCUGAAACUUUGGUUGCUUUGAUAAUUAGAUUACGCUUAUGGUGUCCAUAAAAUUUGUACACACUAUCGACCACAGCUUUCGGUACGGUGACGUUGCUUGGAAAAAUCGGCAGGCCUUUUCAAUUUCUGCAUACAUAGUAGCGAUUUCAGUGAGUUUAGCGAUUUUAUGGAAACCAGGCUGAAGUUAUUCUCCCACUUUACAACUACAGCGCAAUGAUAGAAAGAAACUGUGUUUGUUUUCGGGUGUAAUUAAACUUCGAUUUUGGAAAAUGAGGAGAAAACACACUCUCUUUCUGUAAAUAUGCCCCAUCCCACCACAGUAGCAAUCUUUUAUGCUUCCCCUGCUCGCGGACUUGCUUACAGCUUUGUUUAAUUUAAAAAGUAUCAUAAGAAGGAAUUUUCACAGAACAAAAAUGAUAAUAACACUGGUGUAUUAGGUAAUAUCACACAUUUUGUCACUGCUUUGCACUCACAAUUCUUUUGUAAUAUAAGUUUAUUAUGAACUGAUUUUAAUUUUCCCGUAUUUCUGAUCAUUAAACGGUUAAAAAAUACACUUAAUGUUCAUGGUCACAACAUUAAAACAAAUACUUACUGAUACUUAUCCAUUUUUCCUUGUUGUGACCAUAUGAACGCAACUAUUGGAAUAUUUUGUAGUAGAUUCUUUAGGACAUGCCCUAAACAUAUCUCUACCUGCGGUGUUUAAUAUCAAUUACAAUGUCUUCAAAUUAUUGUGGGCCAAAAAAUCGUGCAAAUAUUUCUGAGGCAACUUUUAUGAAAUGAUGAAAAUUGUCCAUCUCAGCUUUUGUUUUACGCCAACAUACUGAAACACGGUCAUUAAUAUCAAUUACAAUGUCUUCAAAUUAUUGUGGGCCAAAAAAUCGUGCAAAUAUAUCUGAGGCAACUUUUAUGAAAUGAUGAAAAUUGUCCAUCUCAGCUUUUGUUUUACGCCAACAUACUGAAACGCGGUCAUUAAUAUCAAUUACAAUGUCUUCAAAUUAUUGUGGGACAAAAAAUCGUGCAAAUAUUUCUGAGGCAACUUUUAUGAAAUGAUGAAAAUUGUCCAUCUCAGCUUUUGUUUUACGCCAACAUACUGAUUCUUAAAGCAGCACAGAUUUGACAUACUGCAAUAUAUAUAAAACUUUUAUUUACAAAACUAUAGUUUAACUGAAUACAAUUUACUGUACAGUUUAUGUUUAAGUCCUGUGAGCAAACAGUUAACAAAUCAAAACUAACACAAAUCAUACCACUUAUUUCUAUCUUUUGCGAAAUGUCUUACAAAAAAUUAAAAUCUUCGGAAUCAGUUAAUUUAAUAUUUAUAGAAACUAAAUCGUUUCUAAUUGAAAACAGAAGUUUGGUUUGAUGUUUGUAAAUACGCCCUUUAAUACUGUUACUGGUGUGAUUUUUUCCAUCCUCCUCAAAACAUGUCCAAGCAUUAACCAUAUUCUAUAACGACCGACUCUUUCUGAGAGUGGACUCGUCUUACAGACUGCAUACAGACUUUCAUUUUUAAUAAUUUUCGGCCACUUAAUAUUCAGUAUACUCCUUAGGUGUUUUCUAUGACAAAAAUUCAGUUUAUCAAACACGUGCUUUUGGUACAGACCAACUGCUGCAAUUAUAGCCUACGGUAAAAUAGAUACCACUGAAGCAUUAUAAAGCACAAGUUUAAAAUCAAGUGAAAUUUUACUUUUGGCCCACAUCCUCUUAUCAUUACAUGCUGCAGUCGCAAGCAUAAUCCUAUGAUACCAUAGGUAGGCCUACUAUUUUAUAAGGAACCUUUUGUAAUCUUCAUUCUUCCAAUUUAGGUUUAUCUUUAUCAAGAAAAUUAUCUCAUUUACAAAGAAAUUCUAACCUUUCAACACAUCGACAGCAAUAUGCAAAAUACUAUUAAGCAUUUUACAGAUUCAGAUAUAAAAUCAAUAUCAUCCGUUUACUCAGAUUCCUACAGUAAAUGGGUGGGUUUGGUCUAAAAUUACAUACUGCUCGAAUGUGUUAUAGGGAACCCUUAAAAGUAAUAGUAAAUAACAAUCCUGAUGGGCAAUCAUCCUUUACUGAAAUACAGUUAUUGUUGACUGUAUUAAAGGUUAUGUAUUUAUACUGCACAGAAUACAAGGGUCUCAAUUAGCCUGGGUUCCAGGCCCUUAUUUUGGGUUACUCAAUCUUAGUGCGCCAUAACCAAUUUAUUUGGCGCCCCAUACUCCAUUUUUUUUUUCGAUUUACGGUAUUCCGUCUCUAAAUUAACUUUCUUGUUGGUGGCGCUGUCCAGAAUGAAAAAAAUAAUAAAAUACAAGAGACUUGGAGCAAGUCUAGGGCCUCUAUGUACGGAGGUAAUUGGGUUGAGUUUUGUGAAGUAAUUCCUGGCUUUGCUGAUUCUGGCUUGUUGUCUCUCUUGACAAAGCUGCCUAAAUAUGUAAAGUUGUCAACCUCUUUGACUGCAUGCAUGUUUAGUAGACAAGAGGACGGUGUCGUCUGUAAAAUCAAGAUCUAGUUUUGAAAAGUGUCCAUUGAUGCCUCUUGGUUUAUUAGCAGGAGUGUACUGUUCCUUAUAACCCAGUCUAUAACCACCAUGAAAAUAAAACAAUUUGUAUUUUAAUCAACAGCCCUAAUAAUAGUAUUUAUUAUGAUAAUAUUCAAAGCCAGAAGGCUGGUUUUAAGCGUUAUCUUAUGAUGACUGUAUAAUAUUUAUAGAUAACAGUUAAUAUUUAUAUAACAGUUUACUUAACUUAUUUUGUCUAAUUUAAUGUUUAGUUAAGCUAGUGUUUGUUAAUGUUUUGCGAUGUAAUAAAGAUGUAUUGAUUUAAAUGUAGUUGUUAGAUUUGUAUUAUUUUUAUUGAAGACAAAAUUAAUGAUAUAUUUAUGAUAUGAUACAUAAUAAAAUAGUUUCAUGGUAUAUUUUUUUCUUCGAUAACAGUCGGUGUUGAUUAAGACAUAGUUUUGCAACUUAUAGGUCGCGACCAAAUAUUUGAGUCGCUGAAAAAUGUUGAUGGGCUGCAUAAUCUCGUUAGAUCGUGAAAAUAAGAAAAAAUUAAAUUAAAUUAAAAGAAAAUGGAA